AUGACAGACCAAGCACAACCAAGCGAAAAUAAACUUUGGGGUGGAAGAUUCACCGGCGCAACUGAUCCAUUGAUGGAUUUGUACAAUGCUAGUUUGCCUUAUGAUAAAAUUAUGUACGAUGCUGAUCUCACUGGAACGAAGGUGUACACUCUGGGAUUAAACAAGUUGGGGUUGAUUACGGAGGACGAGUUGGUAAAGAUCCACGAAGGGUUGGAAGUGAUCCGGAGGGAAUGGAAAGAAGACAAGUUUGUCGAAAAACCAGGAGAUGAAGAUAUCCAUACUGCAAACGAAAGAAGAUUGGGUGAGAUUAUUGGCAAACAUAUUGCCGGUAAGGUGCACACUGGGAGGUCUAGGAAUGAUCAAGUCGCCACUGAUAUGAGAAUUUUUGUUCGCGAAGCUUUGAAAGAUUUGAGUUUGAAAGUGAAGGUAUUUAUCGAAACUAUUUUGACAAGAUCUGAGAAUGAAAUCGAUGUUUUAAUGCCUGGAUAUACCCAUUUACAAAGGGCCCAGCCGAUUAGGUGGGCACACUGGUUGAGCUCGUAUGCCACUUACUUUACUGAGGAUUACAAAAGAUUGCAACAAAUUAUCGAACGUGUCAAUCAAUCGCCAUUAGGUUCGGGUGCAUUGGCUGGUCACCCUUACGGCAUUGAUCGUUCUUUUUUGGCCAAAGGGUUGGGAUUCGAAAGUGUCAUUGGAAACUCAUUGACAGCUGUUAGUGAUCGAGAUUUUGUUGUUGAGACAUUGUUUUGGGGGACAUUAUUCAUGAACCAUAUUUCACGUUUUGCUGAGGAUUUGAUUAUUUACUCGAGUGCUGAAUUUGGUUUCAUAAAAUUGGCUGAUGCCUACUCUACUGGGUCUUCAUUGAUGCCACAGAAAAAGAACCCAGAUUCAUUGGAGUUGUUACGUGGUAAAAGUGGGAGAGUCUUUGGUGAGUUGUCGGGAUUCUUGAUGUCAAUUAAAUCGAUCCCUUCCACGUACAACAAGGAUAUGCAAGAGGACAAGGAGCCUUUGUUUGACGCCUUGACUACAGUUGAGCAUUCAAUAUUGAUAGCCACUGGCGUCAUCAGUACUUUGCAAAUAAACAAGUCCAAUAUGGAGGGAGCUUUGACCAUGGACAUGUUGGCAACUGACUUGGCGGAUUACCUAGUGAGAAAAGGAGUUCCAUUCAGGGAAACACACCAUAUAUCUGGUGAGUGUGUCAGAAAGGCUGAAGAAGAGAACUUGUCUGGAAUUGACAAAUUAUCCUUUAAGCAGCUAAAGGAAAUCGAUGAACGAUUUGAAAAGGAUGUCAUGGACACUUUCGACUUUGAGGUUAGUGUCGAGAGAAGAGACGCUAUUGGUGGUACAGCCAAGUCGGCUGUUUUGGCUCAGUUAAAGAACUUAAAAUCCCAGUUAAACUAA